AUAAAGUAAAAGCGAUUAUGAUGAUAAACCAAGCGAAAUAAGCAGAAGCGGUCAUCAUCAUUGAACACGAUAAUGUAUUCCGUCGCCGUCCCCCACGGUGUUACGAUGUAUAAGGGAAACAAAACCUCCGGAUCAAAGAUGGAAAAUGAAGACCUGGUACCGAUCCGUUCGAUCAUGGAAUUAAGGUGGUUGGCAGAUAAAAAGGAAGACGAAGAAUACGAGAGCAGGAGCUAUCCUCCCCUAUCGUUCUUCUACACCAAGGGUAUAUCUCGCAAACACUAUAUUCCACUAUCGUUCUUCACCACCAUCGUCCCGAUGGAUAUGGAUACAUCUCCAGUAUUGUUCAGAUCGUACAAGGAAGCAUUGAUGUCCGAUGGAAGCAAAUCCUCCGGAUCUGAAUCAAAGACGUUUCUGAUAAACAAGUACCCCGGAUCUGAAUCAAAGAUGUUUCUGAUGCGUAAGGGAAACAAGUCCCAAUCAAAGAUGGGUCCGAUGUAUAAGGGAAACAACUCUGGGCCGAUGAUGGAUAAGGGAAACAACUCUGGGCCGAUGAUGGAUAAGGUAAACAACUCUGGGCCGAUGAUGAAUAAGGGAAAGUCCUCCCAAUCAAAGUUUAUCAGAAACUCUAUUCCCGAUAAACUUGCUUUAUCUAUUCUAUCAAAACUGUCCAUAAAAUCAUUGAAGCGCUUUGGAUGUGUAAGCAAAUCAUGGUCCGUUUUGUUUGAAAACUCUGAUUUCAUGACCAUGUACACAAAUCAUUUCAUAUCUCGUGAUGAUGAUUAUCAUACAUUUAUUCUCUCAAAUCAUAUUGCUUCUGCUUAUGAUUACUACUCUGAAUUCCAUUUGCUCAACAACACCGUCAAAUUCAAUUUGCCACCUCCAUUUCAACAGUCUGGCCGUCAUAGGAGGAUUCUCAACUCCACAAGUGUUAACGGCAUUUUUUGUCUUCACCAAGAAUAUCCGAUUGAUCUCCAAUAUGUACUGUGGAAUCCUGCUACCCAGGAAUUCCUGGUCAUUCCUCGUAGCCCCGCUGAUCUUUCACCACAACACCCUCAAAACAACCUCUAUCUCAGCCAUGCUUUUAAUGGCUUUGGUUAUGACCAACUUAGAGAUGACUUUAAGGUCGUUCAGUAUAUAACAUUUGAUUAUGAUUACGAGAGUUAUCGUCCUCCGAUAACAGAAAGUUAUUUCGAGAUAUAUAGUUUAAAAAGUAAUUCUUGGAGAACCAUCGACAUGAACAAAGCUCCCUCUUCUAUUUGGUGUUGUUGUGAACUGUUUGAUACUCGCGAAGUUUAUUUGGAUGGAGCAUGUCAUUGGGUGAUUUCCGACGGAAAUGACCUCGAUGAAAAAUCUCUCUUGUCAUUUGACCUCAGUGAUGAGGUGUUCCUUACAACACCCAUCGGGGUUCAACCUUCUUUUCCUUACAAUUAUGAAGAACGCUUGGCGGUGUUAAAUGGAUCAAUUGCUUUAAUAUCAAAUUAUCACGAUGAUAUUAUUUUUCACAUAUAUAUUCUGGGUGAACUCGGUGUGGGUGAAUCAUGGAUCAAACUAUAUAUUUACGGUCCCUUCUCUUCCAUUACAUGGCCCCCAGUUGGGUUUGGGAACACAGGAUAUAUUUUCUUUCCAAAAAAUGAUUAUGAACUAGCCUAUGUUGAUUUGAGCACCCAAAGAAUUGAGGAGGUUGGUAUUACUGGUGCAAAGUCUAGUUAUUUUCAAGUCGGUCUUUACAAGGAAAGCCUUCUCUCUAUUGGAGGAUCAAGUAAAUAGUUUUUUUUCCUUCUUAUUUUCAUCCUUAGAAAUAAACUCAAGUUUUUCAGUUCCGAUUCAGCACAAAUCACAACAACUGUGUAUAGUAUAGUUCAACAAAAGCAAAAAUGGGUUUUGUAGAGCUUUUGGAAGCGGCUUCUAUGCCGGUCAUUCAAGUUCUGCUUAUUAGUGCAUUGUGAGCUUUUAUGGCUACUCACUAUUUCAAUAAUCUUCUUUCAUAGAUUUUAGAAUAUCCUUAAACAAGGUAACAUAUUCAAGCUUCUAAGUUAAUAUGUUAUACUAGUUUACUUUAUAUACAUGUUUAAUGUGAACAAAUAUUUAACAGGACUAAUUCAGCAGCAUGAUUCUCACCAUUUAGUGCAUUUAUUGAUCUUGACUAUAGAUUUGAGAUUAGUUGGCCAAGAACAAUAAAUGUGUCACAUACUGAGGAUUUGCUGCAUAUAGUGAACUAAUUGAUCUCUGUCAUUGAUUUAAGAUUGAACCGAGAAAAUCAACUACUGCAUGGAAUCCGAACCUAUUUUGCAGGUUGUAUUCUUUAUAUUCACCCCUGCACUUAUGUUUUCAAGUUUUGCCAAGAGUGUUUCACUUGAAGACAUGAUAUCACGGUGGUUUAUGCCUGUUAAUGUUGGACUCACAUUCUUAAUUGGAGGGGUUUUAGGAUGGAUACUCGUGAAAUUACUAAAGCCUAAUUUAAAAGUCGAAGGUCUUAUUGUUGCUGCAUGUUCAUCAGCUUGGUGGUAUCUUCAUAUGGACCCAUACUUAUCAAACUAUAAGAAGCAGUUCAAUAAGAUUUAAGGCACUUGAGGCUACUGAGAUCAUAAAGGCACCAAACAAACAUCUUGAAGGAAAUGCAGAUACUCCCCCCUUCUUAGAGGAAAAAAGAGGAAGAAAAUACGGCGAUAGAAGUGGCACCGUUGAGUUAUAUUGAAGACACGGAAAGCUAAAUUGUAAGAUCUAGUGAACAAGAUUACGACAAUAUAAUUUUAUAGAUAAAUUUUAGUUUAUUACCCCCUCCGUUUUAAAAUGAGUGUCGUUUAAGGUUUUUGCACACAAAUUAAAAAAAUGUAAUAAUUUUGUCAUAAAACAGUGUACUUUUACUAAAUUAA